AUGAAGACCACGCGGAAAUGCCGCGCGUUGCUCUCGGUUGGACUCAACCUGGUCGCGCUGUUUUUUUCCACCACCGCGUUCAUUACGACGUACUGGUGCGAGGGCACUCAGCGCGUCCCCAAGCCCAACUGCAGCAAGCAGCGGCGGCACAACUGCAUCGACAGCGGCACGAACGAGACAGACAAGAGCAAGGUCCACUACAGCUGGGAGACCGGAGACGAUCGCUUUCUGUUCCGCCGUUUCCACACCGGGAUCUGGUACUCCUGCGAGGAGAACAUUCACGGUCCAGGUGAGAAGUGUCGUAGCUUCAUUGAUCUGGCUCCGGCCUCAGAGAGAGGAGUCCUGUGGCUGUCGGUGGUAUCAGAGGUACUAUACAUCAUGUUGUUGGUGGUUGGGUUCAGUCUCAUGUGUCUGGAGCUGUUCCAUUCCAACAACGUCAUCGACGGACUUAAACUCAACGCCUUCGCUGCUGUUUUCACCGUGCUCUCAGGUCUGCUAGGCAUGGUGGCCCAUAUGAUGUACACCCAGGUUUUCCAGAUCACAGUUAGUCUGGGUCCUGAAGACUGGAGACCCCACACCUGGGACUAUGGAUGGUCCUUCUGCCUGGCAUGGGGCUCCUUCACCUGCUGCAUGGCAGCUUCCGUCACCACCCUCAACUCCUACACCAAGACGGUCAUCGAGUUCCGGCACAAGCGCAAAGUGUUGGAGCAGGGUCUCAGGGAGGAGCAGAACUACCUCGACCAGGAGGCCUUCCAUUACUUCAGGGACCACUCACUCCAGUCCAUAUCCAGCUCCAUGGAGGUCUACCCUGGGCACGGGGGAGGAAGGCUGCCUGGGGGGCCUGGAGGCCUGGUGGGGUCCGGUCUGGUUGGAGUACCAGGGAGAGGGAAGAUGAGGAGGUCCUCAGGUUCCAUCGACCUGGGAGAGAACUCGGAGUCCUUGGGGGAGGAACAGUGCUGA